AAUGGCCCUAAUGUUCGCGUCAUUGUUAGGUCUUUUUUUUUUUUGUCGUUUUGCUCGUCCUAGUCUUUCGUCCAAUUAAUCUCGCUAUCGUCUUGUAAGUAUCUUGCUUGUAUUUUGCCUUUUUCAGUUUGCCGUAUUGCUUUCGCUCAGUUUUGUAGUUAUUUUAUCUUGACUUCGUAUUUGUUUAAUGGUUGUUUUUCAUUAACGCUUCGCUUCAUUUCACUUCGCUUCGAUUACAUCAUUUCCCUUUGGUUCGCCUUGUUCAUAUUGAUUGUAGGAAGUCUAGAAAUAAGUUUUGUGAGUGGAAUGAAUUACAACGCGUAAAGGCUGCGACUUUACUAGAACGUACGUGCUGUGGAAAGUCCUUUCGUCACACACUCAAUACAUAUGCCCGAAAAUAGUCGGCAUGGAAAAAUUAGCAUAACGUCAAAACAGUGAAUGUCGUAACGCGGAUUUUUGGCCGGUUCGCAGGCUAGGUUCUUCUUACAAAUUUCAAGGUGUUGCAGUGAAUCAAUCUUAAUGGCGAAAUUUUCAGACAUCGUGAAGAUUAUGUGACGACGGUUUAAAACAAUUUCUGUCGAGCCGAUAUACAGCCGAGCCAAAAUUUCCUAGCAUUAACAUAUAAUAUUAAGCUGCAUUCUGAUGCUAGAGUAAUUUGAGUAAUUUGAGUUCUUUAGACCUUUGUAUUUAACAUUUCAUCGCGGCUAUUGAAAAUAUAAGGUUAUAAAUUUAUUUACGUUUUACUUGAAACAUACAUAUUUUUUUACUCACGGAGGUUAUUUACUAAACGCCACACUUAAGUUCCUAGUGUCGGCUUUUCAGUACCAGGUCUAGAUCCGCGGGUCCGGGCUCUAGAUCGCGCAAAAUUCCGCUUUUAUCGAUUUCAAAGCUUUUUGUUUAUUGUUAUCAUAGUGAUAUCGAUUUUACUAAAAAUUGUGUUUUGACAAACUACAAUCCACAAUACACUGGUUUUAUAGCGAUGCGGACAAGUAUAAAAUAAUUAAUUAAGGCGAUUGAAAAAAAAAAAACAGUAUGGUCUCCAAAACACUGUAUCGAAACACCUUAAAUAUCAUUUUAAAAUAUUCUGUCAUCCUCACUAUUUCUUCAUCUUUCAGGGUUGCAGCACUUUGUGAUUCUGCCUCCGCAGCCUUACGGUUUGCCACUUAAUUUCAAAACUUUGCCAGAAACAUUACAAGCCGCUGGUAAGAAAGAGCUUUUUUAAAUGUUCUCUACCAAUUUGAGAGCGAAGAAAACAAGUCCCAAAAUAUAGGAUUAUGUGGAACUCAAUCCAACUUUCAAAAUCAAAUAUUCUAUUGAAGAUUUAGACUCAAAUGCCAAGCGAAAGAUUUUUGCUUUACAGUUGAAAGAUUCUACUUUGCCCGUCCUGGCUAAGUUUUGUCAAUCGAGGUCACUUCAGCUUUCAAGUAUUUGUUAAUUUUCAUAAACUUCUCUCCCACUGAAGGUGUUUUAUGCUACCGAAACUGGGUGUGAGGUCUCUGUGACUCCUUGACGUCUUGACUUUAUCUCUUAUUUUGGCUUAGUUCGAUAGUGCCCUGUUUAUUGGAUCGCAGCCUGUGCGACAACCAUUUCUGUGCGUGCGAGCCAGUUUGGGCGAGUGACCCGAGUGAGAUAAUCGGGGUGUGAUAAUCCAGUUCUGGCCCCUCUCUCUCUCUGUCACACAACGCAGGCGUUGCGUGGCAGAGAAAGAGACAGAGAGAGCCAGAACUGGACUAGGAGUGUGAGUGAAAGGGAAAGCAAAAGAAGCCUUCUUCCCUAACCCCUUCAUGUUUUGGCGCUCACUUCGACUUUCAAGGCGCAACCUAUCUAACGAUACCCUGCCGAGCAGAGGCCCUUCGUUCUUCCUAGAUAAACCAGGAAGAGUCCCAUCCUCUUCCCGACUUAUCUAAGAAGAUGGAAGGGCCUCUGCUCGCCGGGUAACCUAACGAAUAACGUAACAACAAAAUUAAGAUGAAUGAGGGCAGGAGUCCAUAACCUGGAGCUUGCAACUCCCACUCUUGGCUUAUAGUGCAAAGGCGUUUUCACAAAUCACUUUAUUUUUAGCUUCAUUUUGCAGUAUUUUUUCCCACGAAAAUGAAAGCACUGCCCCGUUUGUGUGCGCAACCAUAGUACGAUAAUAAUGAUUUGUAUUUGUAUUUGUAUUUAUUCAUUUGCCACACGAUUACAAUAAUUACAAAGAAAUGCCAAAAAUGUCUUAGGAAGAAAAAGCGAGGAGGCCUAAAGGAAACUAUAGAGCUUAUUUUAAUUAGGCCUCCUCAAUUACAAUUUUUCGAAGAUGGCAUAAAAAUUACGGCGACGGAUACAAAAUAAUAUCAGGUGGAAAAUUAAACUAAUCAAUAUUACGGAAGUUUACAAAUAAUGUUGAAUAUUAAAAGGCUUUUUCGCAAGAUUUCUGUUGGAGUGAGUAUACAAAUAAUUAUUACAAAUAAAUGCCUUACGUGCUCUUUUAAAGGAAAAAGGUGAGGAAGCGUUGAUGAUGUUG